GCCGAUAAUUCUUCAUCUCAAUUUGGUGAAAUUAAAGUCGCUCUUCCACAAAUUACUGAAUCAUUUGAAGAACUUAUGAAAAAAUCGAUAAAUCAUUUUGGGAUAUCUACUAUUGUAUGUGUCGAAAAAGAAGACCUCGUAAA